AUGGUUGGUGUUAUUCUUCUUCUUUUUAUUGUUUAUUGUUGUCAUGCAACAAUCACCAAAAAUCAAGUUGAGGUUAACAUUGAUUUUACACCAUUUCCUAAAAGAACAAUGGAAUUUUUUGUUGAAGGCGAACAACUAAAACAAUACCAUUUUACUCUUCCAUUAAAUGAGUCACUUCAAAUGACUCAAUUCACAUGUAUUGAAAAUGACAAAGAAUUACAGUUUGAAGUAGUUGCUAAACCUGAAAAUAAAACAAUUGAAGUUAUUGUUGAUUUACCAGAUCAACAAAAAAAUAAAUUCACAUGUAAAUACCUUCAUAUUGAUGCUCUUGAAAAUUAUCCAAAAGAACGUAGUUUAUCAGAAAAGUAUAAAUUCCUUUUUACAACUCAUUUGUGUCCACUUUCUGAUCAUAUUAAAUGCACUACAUUAUUCAAUCUUGGGUCUACACAAUCUAUUGCUACUUCUAUUAAACCAACAACAGAAGGAUCAAGUCGAUUAAAAUUUGGACCUUAUGAACCUACUGAAUUUAAAUUUAUAAAGUAUCAUUUCCAAAGUUCUCUACAUCCAAUGACAUAUGGCAGAAUACAAAAAGUUGUUAAUAUUAAUGAAAAUAAUAUUUAUGUUCACAUGGAAAUAGAUGAUAUGAAAAAUAAUGGAGCAGUAUUAAAUAAGGAGUUUAACAGAAAUGAUUUCAAUUAUGAAGGUAUUUAUCUUAAAGAUUUUUCUAUGGAAGUUGAAGUGAAUGCGUAUAACUUAGAAUAUCGUGAUAGUACUGGUCUUAUUACUACUGGUCAUUUAAUUUCAAGACCAAAAAGUACUACAUUAUAUUUACCACCAAGAUAUCCUCUACUUGGAGGAUGGAAAACAUCAUUUGAAGUUAAUUACAAUUAUCCAUUAGAUGUUUCUGUCCAACAAAUCAAUGAACAAAAGAGACUUGUCAUUCCUUUAAAAGUAGAUUUCAAAGGUAUUGUUUCAAAUGAAGAAGUUGAUAUUGUUUUACCAGAAGGAGCAACAAUCACUUCUAUUAAUUAUCCAAAACGUUCUUAUAUUGAAGAAACAAUUUAUAACCAACCAUCAUUUGGGACAUAUUAUAAGAAACCUAUUGUUAGAUUAAUAUUAAAAGAAGUUGAUAUGAGUGAUAAUACUGAUAUAUUAGAAAUUUAUUACAAAGAAAAUCCAGCAGCAAAAAGAACAAAAAGUAUUAUUGUUGCAUUCCUUACAAGUUCCAUUAUUAUAAUAUUCCUUCUUUAUGCCAAAAUCAUUAAUAAUUAA